UAUGUCUCUCUGUCUUUCUCUCUCUCUCUCUGGUUCAGGUUUUGUCAGUACUGCGUCUCGAUGCAGAUGCUCCAGGUGAAAUGAAUAAGGCACCUCAGCCUCUGUCAGGACCCCCCUCCGCCCCGCUUCCCGCGCACUCCCCGGGCCUGUCCCAGCCCAGUUUUUCUCCUGUUCCGCCAAUUGUGUUCGGCACCCCUCCGCCGCAGAUGAACCCCGCCGCCCAACCCCGACAGUUUGCCUCAGGUCCUAGGGCUUUACCACAACAGGGAGGAUUCAGGUCACUGCAGCCGUACUAUACCAGUCGGCCCAAUUUACCCGCCAAUUCUGGGCGUGUCCAGCCAAGCCCCGCCUCUCGGCCCAUCCCCCCUCCACAUGGGCCCCGCCCCCCUCACGUGUUCCAGCCUGGCCCCUCCCAGAUGAUGAUGAUUCCCCAGCAACCAAUCAGCUUCCCCAAUUCACAAGGCACGGCUUACUAUAUACCUGGCCAGUACCGUCCCUCAUACGUGACUCCUCAGCAGUAUCAGGUGGCCAGUUCUCCUGGUUUCUAUCCCGGCACAAGUCCAGCUGAUUACGGUACGUAUGGAGACAGGAAGCAGUAA